AAGCCCGCCCGCCAAGCCUGCCCGGAGCCUGCCCGGAGCCUGUCAGCACUCCCAGCCCGAAGCCCUCCGGCCGUACCCCAACACUCCGCGCCCGCUCGCCGAGCCGGAAAUCGGCCCCGGUCCGGCACCAUAAGCGGAUCCCCCGCCAUCAGCGCCCCUUCGCUCCUAGUAGGGAGGGGGUACAGCGGCCGCCGCUCCCGCCUCCCCUGCCGUGGUUUCCUUCCCUGCCUCACCCCUUAUACUACCCCGGGGGGCGGCUGAGGCUAGGUCGCCUGUCCCUGGAGCUGCACCUUAGCCCAUGUACUGCAGCCGUGGCGGUGCUCGUUCCCGGAGGACUGUAUUUCGGAACGGACACACGAAGAUGGCGGAGGUUGUGGAGACGGAGGUGGCUGCCGAGCCCGCCGGCUUCAAGCGCCCGAGCCUCCCGCUGCCCGCCGCGCCCCGACCCGUGGAGGGCUCUGAGACGGGGCCCAGCCCGGCAGCCCCCCGCCCGGCUGCCCCCCGCCCGGCCCCCGCGCCGGCCGCGCCGCGCUACGAGGAGCCUUCGUGGGGCAGCCCCCCGCCGGCCGGCGCCGGGUACGGGCUGGAGGUGCUGAAGGGCGGCGUGGUGCUGGGCUCGGUGCGGCUGGAGGGCGGCAGCUGGUUCCUGGUGGGGCGGCUGCCCGGCUGCGCCCUGGCCCUGGAGCACCCUUCGGUGUCGCGGCACCACGCCGUGCUGCAGUACCGCGGCGCCGGCUGCUCCCCCGACGACUCCGACGCCGCCGGGUUCUACGUGUACGACCUGGGCAGCACCCACGGCACCUUCCUCAACAAGGCGCGGGUGCCGCCCCGCACCUACUGCCGGGUGCGGGUGGGCCACGGGCUCCGCUUCGGCGGCAGCUCCCGCCUCUUCCUUCUGCAGGGACCUGAAGAGGACCAGGAGUCUGAGUCAGAACUGACUGUGACCCAGCUGAAGGCCCUGCGUAAGCAGCAGCAAGCAAAACUAGAAAAGACAAUGUUGGGAGAGGACUCUGAUGAGGAAGAUGAAAAAAAAGAGGAAACAAGCGAGAGGAGUCAGAACAGUGAUAUGAGCUGCUCCUGGGGAAUGGGGGAGGAUGCUGAGGACGAUGAGGUUGAAGAAAAUCCUAUUGCUAUUGAUUUUCAGGACGUGCAAGAUGCUUUUUAUAUGAAAGAUCCUAGGAAGGCCUUACAAGGCUUUUUUGACAGAGAAGGAGAAGAGUUGUUAUAUGAAUAUGAUGAUCGUGGGCACAAUAGCUGGCUAUGCAGGAUCAAGUUGCCUGUGGAUGAUGCAUCAGGGAAGCAGCUGGUGGCAGAGGUUCUCCAUGCAGGAAAAAAGAAGGAAGCAAUGAUCCAGUGUGCACUGGAAGCUUGCAGGCUGCUCGAUGCUCGGGGAGUACUGAGGCAAGAAGCAGUAUCCCGAAAAAGGAAGUCCAAGAACUGGGAAGAUGCAGAUUUUUAUGACAGUGAUGAUGACACCUUCCUUGAUCGAACUGGUGCUGUAGAAAAGAAACGACUGAACAGAAUGAAAAAAGCUGGUAAAAUAGAAGAAAAACCUGAGACUUAUGACUCCCUGGUCAAAAAGCUAAAUGAAGCUGAAAAUGAGCUUUCUGAGAUAACAGAGAAGCUGAAGGCUUCAGGGAAAGUCCAGUCCCAGCCAGCUGCUCAAGAUUCCUUGGACGAAUUUAUGACUGAAAUAAAAUCAGGAGGUACUUUAGACAGCGUGGCACGGAAGAAGCUUCACUUGCGCUCGUUUGAACUGAAGAAAGAGCAACAGAGACUGAAAGCAUUAAUAAAGCUUGUCAAGCCUGCAGAGCUGCCCGAGCUGAAGCCCCAGAGUGGAAGUUGCAGUCUAGAAGCAGAGGGGAAGCCUAAAAAGAUUACCCUGCCUCUCUUUGGUGCAAUGAAAGGGGGGAGCAAAUUCAAGCUGAAAACUGGAAGCCUAGGGAAGUUGCCUUUUAAGCGUCCAGACAUCCCUGAAAGCUUGUUAAAAAUGAAAGAUCAUGGACCAGAGGAGGAGGAAGAGGAAGAAGAGGAAGAUGAGCAAGAAGCAGAUGCAAAAAGCAGCAGAGCAUCAAACUUGGAAAUGAAAGUUACAACAGAGGAAGAAAUAGGAAAAGAAACUAUUGCUGCUGAUGAUUCUACUUCCAAUAACAAGAAUGUAAACUCCCUUCAGGAUGGGGUUCAUUUUCUGCCUGAGCCAAAGAUACUAAGAAAUAAAUCUCAGAUGGGACCCUCAGAAGAGAAAUCUCAAGGAUCUGAGGAAGUAUGUAAGGAACCUGAAGAGACACCUGAGAAAGUUAAGAAAACCAGUAGCUCCAACAAGGUCCAGCAACCUUUUUUUUCCUCGCAGUACCCAGAUGAUGACCCAGACUACUGCAUAUGGAUUCCUCCUGCAGGUCAAAGUGGUGAUGGCAAGACUCAUCUUAAUGAAAAAUACGGCUACUGAGCUUCAUGCACUCCCAGAAUACAUCUGAGGUUUGAAAGACUGCUCUGUUCUGGACUCUUUUUUACCACACAUUAAGUGAAAGAUAAAAGAGUUGUUUUUUUCAGAUGCUGUUCCAAAUUCAAGGGCAUCAGCAGCCACUCUGGCUGUUAGCAUUCCCUGUGUGUCCUGCUUGUCUACCAGAUACUUUUUAAAAAAGUAAAAGCCCACAUGUUCUUCUGUCUCUUUUUCCACUUUUAGCCUUGUCCUUUUUUUUUUUGGCUCAACUGUAGGCUCAUUUUCCUUUUGUAAAUAAAAAUAUACAAAACCAAAAGUAUUAAAAAAGAUACACCUCACCACAGCUUAGAUAAAAUUUAUUCAUGUUGGUGUAUGCAAUUAGUAGUAAAACCCUAGUGUUUCUUAUUUUGUGGCUGCUGUUUGAAAAUACUGUCACAGUAAACACAGUCUAU